GGUGCCUUGCGAGAGUUUUUAUCGGGAGCAGCUUUCCUGGUCUCGGCGCCCCCGAGAUGAACGCGAGAGUGAGACUGAGCCUCUCGAGCCUCCUGCUCUGUCAGCGCCUCCUCGCCGCCGCCACCGCCGCCGCUCACCUUUCCAACCAGGUCGUGCUGCUAGACACAACAGCUGCACUGGGAGAGCUGGGAUGGAAGGCAUAUCCAUUGAAUGGGUGGGAUGCUAUACCAGAAAUGGAUGAAUACAACAGACCGAUUCAUACCUAUCAAGUCUGCAAUGUGAUGGAGCCGAAUCAGAACAACUGGCUACGGACUAACUGGAUAUCCCGCGAAGCAGCUCAGAAAGUCUAUGUUGAAUUGAAGUUCACUUUGAGGGAUUGCAACAGCAUCCCCUGGGUCCUGGGAACCUGCAAAGAAACAUUCAAUCUGUAUUACAUGGAAGCAGAUGAGUCUCAUGGAAUUAAAUUCAGACAAAACCAAUACACCAAAAUUGAUACAAUUGCAGCUGAUGAAAGUUUUACUCAGAUGGACCUGGGAGAUCGUAUACUUAAACUAAACACUGAGAUUCGCGAAGUUGGGCCAAUAACCAAAAAAGGAUUUUAUCUUGCUUUCCAGGAUAUUGGAGCCUGUAUUGCUCUUGUCUCUGUCCGUGUGUACUAUAAAAAGUGCCCAUUUACAUUCCGUAGCUUGGCGAUGUUUCCUGACACGAUCCCCAGAGUUGAUUCUUCCUCCCUUGUAGAAGUUCGCGGUUCCUGUAUAACGAACGCAGAGGAAAGAGAUACCCCAAAACUUUACUGUGGUGCAGAUGGAGACUGGCUGGUUCCUUUGGGAAGAUGUGUCUGCAGCAUUGGCUAUGAGGAACUUGAUGGAGCCUGCCAUGCUUGUAGGCCUGGAUUCUACAAAGCCUUUGGUGGAAACAUCAAGUGCUCCAAAUGCCCUCCACACAGCUUCACUCACGAAGAUGCCUCCGCAGUGUGUCGAUGUGAGAAAGGGUACUUCAGGGCAGAGAAAGACCCACCCACCAUGGCUUGUACCAGACCUCCUUCUGUCCCUCGAAAUGUCAUUUUCAACAUUAAUGAGUCAGCGCUAAUCCUAGAAUGGAGUCCACCAAUCGAUACAGGGGGAAGGAAGGAUCUCAGCUACAAUGUCAUCUGUAAGAGGUGUGGCUUAGGCCCUAAGAGGUGCGAGCCCUGUGGAGGAGGCUUGCGUUUUUUACCUCAAAACACAGGUCUGAAAAACACCUCAGUGGCAGUCGUUGACUUUCUUGCCCACAUGAACUACACCUUUGAGAUUCAGUCAGUGAGUGGUGUCUCCGACAUCAGCAUGCUUGCCAGGCAGUUUGCCAUAAUCAACGUUACAACAAAUCAAGCUGCUCCCUCGCUGAUUGGGUUUGUGAGGAAAGAUUGGGCCUCUCAGAACAGCAUUGCUCUGUCAUGGCAGGAGCCUGAGUAUCCAAAUGGAAUCAUUCUGGACUAUGAAAUAAAAUACUACGAAAAAGAACAUGAACAGCUCAGCUACUCCUCCACACGGUCCAAAGCUUCCAGUGCAAUUAUUAAUGGCCUGAAGCAUGCUACGAAAUAUGUGUUUCAGAUCCGUGCCAGGACUGCAGCUGGAUACGGUAGUUACAGUCAGAAGGCAGAGUUUGAAACCGGAGAUGAAUCAUCUGAUAUUGCCACAGAACAAGGCCAGGUUUUGGUCAUAGCGACUGCUGCAGUUGGAGGAUUUACUCUUCUGGUCAUCCUUACCUUGUUCUUCUUAAUCACUGGAAGGAUUCAAACAAUUAGGAAUUGGCAUUUACCAGCAUUUUUCAGCACUGAAAGAAGCCGGUGCCACUGGUAUAUUAAAGCAAAAAUGAAGUCUGAGGAAAAAAGGAGAACACAUUUCCAAAAUGGACACAUCAGAUUUCCAGGGAUGAGAACAUACAUUGAUCCUGAUACUUAUGAAGACCCAUCUCAAGCAGUGCAUGAAUUUGCGAAAGAAAUAGAUCCCUCCAGAAUUCGCAUAGAGAGAGUGAUUGGAGCAGGAGAAUUUGGUGAAGUGUGCAGUGGUCGACUGAAGAUACCUGGAAAGAGGGAGAUUCCUGUGGCUAUUAAGACACUAAAAGGAGGUUAUAUGGAUCGUCAACGAAGGGAUUUCCUCAGGGAAGCGAGCAUCAUGGGCCAGUUUGACCACCCAAACAUUGUCCGUUUGGAGGGAGUCGUAACAAAAAGUAUUGCACUUUUCUUACACCUAUGUAGACCAGUGAUGAUUGUGGUGGAAUACAUGGAAAAUGGAUCCCUGGACUCAUUCCUGAGGAAACAUGAUGGACAUUUCACAGUUAUUCAACUAGUAGGCAUGCUUCGAGGCAUAGCUUCCGGCAUGAAAUACCUCUCGGAUAUGGGCUACGUCCACCGGGAUCUGGCAGCUCGCAACAUCCUUGUCAACAGUAAUCUUGUCUGCAAAGUGUCGGACUUUGGUCUCUCCAGAGUCCUUGAAGAUGAUCCUGAAGCUGCGUAUACAACAACCGGUGGAAAAAUUCCUAUUCGAUGGACUGCUCCUGAAGCAAUAGCCUACAGGAAGUUUUCUUCAGCCAGUGAUGUGUGGAGUUACGGGAUUGUGAUGUGGGAAGUGAUGUCAUACGGUGAGAGGCCUUACUGGGAGAUGUCUAAUCAAGAUGUCAUUUUAUCCAUAGAAGAGGGCUAUCGACUGCCUGCUCCCAUGGGGUGCCCAGCCACCCUUCAUCAGCUCAUGCUCCACUGCUGGCAAAAAGAAAGGAAUCACAGACCCAAAUUUACUGAAAUUGUCACUUUCUUGGAUAAGGUGAUUCGCAAUCCAAGCAGCCUUCAGAUCCUGGUGGAAGAGAUGAAUGGAUUACCUGAGUCUCCGGGAGAUGCCCCUGAAUUCCCAUUGUUUGUCUCAGUAAAUGAUUGGCUGGAUUCAAUCAAGAUGGAGCAGUACAAGAACAAUUUCAUGGCAGCGGGCUUCAUAAGUCUGGAUGCCGUCACAAGGAUGACCAUUGAUGAUGUGAGGAGAAUCGGGGUCACGUUAAUAGGACAUCAGAGACGAAUAGUCAGCAGUAUACAGACUUUGAGGUUGCACAUGUUUCACAUACAGGAGAAAGGAUUCCAUGUGUAA